AUGUCCUAUCCUCAGGGUUACCUCUACCAGCCCCCCGGCUCGCUGGCUCUGUACUCCUGCCCUGCGUACGGGGCGUCGGCGCUGGCGGCCCCCAGGAGCGAGGAGCUGGCCAGGUCUUCGUCGGGAUCGGCGUUCAGCCCUUACCCGGGAUCGGCAGCUUUCACCGCCCAGGCGGCGGCCACAGGCUUCACCAGCCCGCUCCAGUACUCCACAGACCCCGCCACGGGAUUCCCCUCCUACAUGGGCUCCCCUUACGACGCCCAUACGACGGGGAUGACCGGGGCCAUCAGCUACCACCCGUACGGCAGCCCUGCCUACCCCUACCAGCUCAACGACCCCGCGUACAGGAAAAACGCCACUCGCGACGCCACGGCCACGCUGAAGGCCUGGCUGCAGGAGCACCGCAAGAACCCCUACCCCACGAAGGGCGAGAAGAUCAUGCUGGCCAUCAUCACCAAGAUGACCCUCACCCAGGUCUCCACCUGGUUCGCCAACGCCCGCCGGCGGCUCAAGAAGGAGAACAAGAUGACCUGGGCCCCGCGGAACAAGAGCGAGGACGAGGAGGACGACGAAGGCGACGGGGCGAGGAGUAAAGAGCAGAGUCCCGAGAAGAUGCCCGAGAGCAACGAAACCUCCGCAGAGGACGAAGGGAUCAGCUUGCAAGUCGACUCGCUGACGGACCACUCCUGCUCCGCCGAGUCGGACGGCGAGAAGCUGCCCUGCCGAGCGGGAGACCCCCUCUGCGAGUCGGGCUCGGAGUGCAAGGACAAGUACGAGGACAUCGAAGAGGAGGACGAGGAGGACGAGGAGGACGAGGAGGACAUCGAGGAGGACGACGGUGGCGGCGGGGAGCAUGACCCGCCGGCCAAGCCAGCCACCUCCUCGCCGCUGGCCGCCGUGGAGGCCCCGCUCCUCGGCCACCCGCACGCCGACGCCGCCCGCAGCGCCAGCAAGGCGGUGCUGGGCGGCCGCUCAUCCCCCGGGCCCCCGACGCCGGCCACCAAGCCCAAACUCUGGUCACUGGCCGAAAUCGCCACCUCGGACCUCAAGAGCCAGAGCCUGGGCCAGGGCUGUCAGCCUGCGCCCCUCUCCUCGGCCACCCCCGCCUCGGCCCCGCACAGCGCUGCCUACUCGCCCUCCUCCCUCCUAGGGAGGCAUAUUUAUUACACCUCACCUUUUUAUAGCAAUUAUACAAACUAUGGGAACUUUAACGCUCUGCAGAGCCAGGGAAUCCUGAGAUACAACUCCGCAGCAGUGACUUCAAACGAGGGACUAAGUCAGACUGUCCUAAACGCCAGCUCUGUCCACAAGCAGAGCAGUGACUCUUUGAAAACGAUCACUAACCAGCUAGAGCAACAUUACAGGCCCUCUAGUUAUGACUCUAAGAAAGAUCCCACUGAAGUCUGCACAGUAGGAGUACAACCAUACCUAUAGAAGUGCAAUCACACAGCAAUGCAAGUAGGUGUCACAAUUGCUUUGAAAAAAGUCAGCAAGCCAUCAUCUCUCCCCGAGCUAAUAUAUAUAACAAAUCUCUAAAUCCGGAUCACAUCUUGUGCCACUGUAUAAAAGAAGACCACAGAGCACUAUUAAAUCUUCAGACUCUAAUUAUUAAAAGAGAACUUUGUUGGACAUAUGUGAGUUUGCUGGUAUAGUAUAGUUUCCCCAAUGUAUGUGUGACUUUUGAAAACAGAUCUGUUUUUCUCAGGAUAUCUUGAAUUGAUCACUUCAUUGCCACGGUAUAUAUUCGAUAGGUGUGAUAGGAUUUACUGUAAAAUUUAUUUGUAAAAGAUGUAUACAGUAGAGAUAAUAAAGAUGUGAUUGGAGAACUUGAGUCCUUACAAAGUGGAAACAAAUUUGAUAUUUAUUUUUGUAACGAUAUAAAGCUUCUAGUAAUUUAUGCAAGUUGUAUUGCAAUGGAAUCUGAACUUUUUGUAAAUAAAUUUUGCCUGGUUUUUAUUUGAAAC